CAUGAAAAUGACAGUCGAGGUAAAGAUGGCGUCUUGUAUUGUUAGUGUUUAGAUACAUUAUUGUUUUAUUUGAAAAAAUGUCUGUAAAUCCAGUCUGCCGGACGUGUUUAGUCAUUAUUCCCGAUGGAAAGACUGGACACAAUCUUGAUGAUGAAGACACAUCGGACAAUAUGAGGGAAAUCAUCACUUUGUGCGUGCCUGAAAUGGAUACCUACGUUUCGUCACUCCCUUCCAUCUGCGAUAGCUGCUAUGACAUCCUGCUCGGUUUCUACCGCUUUAAAGUGCGGUGCCUGCAAGUGGAAAGCGCCAUUCGAUCUUACAUCGAUUCCAACAAUCUGCAGGAAUGCUCUACUGUGGAUUUGCGCCACGUGGCUCGUCUGCAGGCUCUGGACGCCCUGAAACAGAAGAACUGGUCGCCUCAUGUUGGCCGGAAGUUAAUCGCAUCGGUGGAUAAGUGUUUGGAUCCGAAGAAGGCUGGACUGAAGCGACUGGGGAAGUUUCGCAAGCGCAAAAUGACGGCGAGCUCUUUUGUUGCUGAUCAGAAGGAUGGUAGUUUGCCUGAAGGAUAUAUUAGAGUGAGGACGAAUCUGAUGCCCGAUAGGCAAGGCCCCAGCAGCAAUCUGACGGUGAAUCCGCUCAACAUUUGGGCGUCAAAAGCGGCAGCCAAGAAGAAAGGCUAUAAUGCUCUACAGCUUUGUCCGAAAUCGGGGGUUUUGAAGAAGGUGAACAACAAAGCCUCAAGAAGAGUCAGUGAAAGUGACGACGUAAUUUUCGUGGAUAGUCAAAAAGCCAGCGAUGACGAGGUGGUGCUUAUUAACGACGAUCAAGACGAUCGUCCCGAAGCCAACAGCUCCAAUGCCCCGAAAAGGUUAAAAAGGAAACUCGACGCUCCAAUUGUGCUGGAUAAGACUGUAAGCAAAAGGCAGAAGUUGCAACUGGGCCAGAAUUCACGCAUGUCGUCUGGUCAGUCGAAAACUGGCGAAAAGAAACUGGUGGUAAAGUUGCGCAAUGAGCGGCUGUUCAAGUGUAAUUGUUGCCAGUAUGUCGCAUUGGAGCCGAUGGCAUUACAAACCCACUACUUCCAGCUGCAUAGAAUGUGCAAGCUGUGCAAUUUUAAAUGUUCGAAGAAACCGACUUUGAACAACCACAUCAGCCAGAAGCAUCGGAGAGAACUUCAGCUAGCGUGCAAAUUCUUCCAAAACAAUGUCGCAUGUGAUUUUGUAUGCAGUCUGUGCAGAUUCGCAGGCAAAAACUUAGUAGAACUGGUUCAGCAUCGGCUGGCCAAACACAUCAAAAUGGACCACAAGCUGGGCGCCUAUCAAUGUCCGUUUGUCUAUUGCCAGUUUCAUCAUGAUAACGCGACAAAUGUGGCUGAGCACGUGGCGGCAAAACACGAUAAACCCGAUAGAAAGGAGUGUUUGAUGUGCAACUUCGUUGGAACAUCCGUGGAUAAAAUAAAUAAACACGUGCAAAGCCACGACCUGACGUUCUGCCCUUGUCCGAUUUGCGGGUACAAAUGCAAAAAAUCCCUGGAUCAGCACAUGCAGAAGAAUCAUCCGGGUGUGGACUAUGAUGACGGAACCACAGUUGGCGUUGUUUACGACGAUGGAAUACAAUUCGACAGACUGACCAGCAAUGACGACUUCAAAAUAACACUGGGCCCUUCCGGACUACAAAGCCACUCGCUUCCGCAGAGUGUUGGAACAGCGCGCACUGCAGACGAAGAGGAGACGUAUCAUUGGGCUCAGCCCAGCCUAUCGGAGAUGCUUUGCGGUCACUUACUAUCCCAAGAAAACAACAUCAGUGAAGUUUCCGAUGAAAGUGCGGCUGAUCAAGCAGCGAAGCCGAAAUCGGGUCCAACAAACGGCAGGAAGCGCAAAAGAGAUGCCACAAAUGAUGAUUCGGACGACUGCGUUCUUGUUGAAACGGAGCGAAUGGUUGUGACGGUGGAAAGUUCAGAAGAAGAGGACAGCGUUGAGUCGAAUAAGGAAGAUGCUACAAAGACCCAUCAGGAAACUUCGCUACUAAGCGGUGAGGAGCACAAUUUAUCCUCGAGCACCACAGAUACGGGCAACCUUGCAUCUUCUGAAGAAUCCCCGACUGACCCAAUUCUGAGUGCUGCAGACGAUGGGGAUGCGGAUAAAAGUCAAACUCGUGCUACUGAAUGUUUGGAAAACGGAGUCAACGCUGAAGAAGAAUCGAGUGCGGAAAAAGACAUUAGAGACCCAGUGAGUGAAAGUGAAACCCCAGCCGAUUCUGCAGCUCAACCGGUCAAACCGCUGGAAGAAGAUAUGGAGAAAGCUCCUGAAGAAAAAGAAAGCGUGCCCUUGGAGAAUUGUGCGGAAAAAUCAGUGUAACGCCCUCAUUGCAAAGGUGAUUGGCUUGCGGUGGUUUGCCCAUUGAAAAAGCCACUGGGCAUUUAUUUAAUGGCCGUUUCUCGAGCUCAUUGCAAAAGAAAAGAGUCUAAUUCGCAAGUCAUUAUAUACUUAGUUUUAAUCAAAAAAGCAUUCUGAUUCGUUUUUUCCCGCCACAUUUCAAUUUCAAUAAAUAUUUUAUUUCGCA